AAACAGAUACAGAUUUUAAUAACAUGUCGGGCUCGUCGGUCACAGUAAAAAUUUCUAAAGAAAGAUAUGAGUCCAGUACCUAUAAGACAACCCCUGGUGGGAAAGGUCACCUAUGUAAACCUGUUAUUGUGGACAUCAGAAAGACCCACUUUGGUGUCUUCAGUCACAAGCGACCAUCAGCCUCCAAGGACGUUGAUCUUCUUAAGCAGACGUUCCAAAACUUACUGGGGUUUCACCCAGACCCCUACGUCAUUAAUGAUGAGUAUUCCAAAAAGGAAACUGAUCCUUUAUACUCGGUAGAAAAUCUGAAAAAAGAACUGAAAAACAUUUAUAAUGAAGAGAUAACUAAGGAUUCGGAGAUGUUUGUGUGUGUUGUGCUGGCGUUUGGGGAGUCGGGGUAUUUCUAUUUACCCAAUGAUCCAAUAGAUUGCUUUAAUCCACGAAGUCAAGAACCUCCAAAAUUCUCCGUUAAUGAUCUGCUGCUGAGCUUUAAAGGAAACCAAUGUCCACAUCUGAUCCUCAAACCAAAAGUGUUUUUGAUACAGACAUGUAACCCUAACCUUGUCCAAAUAAAUAAAGCACAGUUAUCUAUGGGCAGUGGACCAUUGCCCCAAAUACAGAGAACCCCGAUAGAAGCGGACAUUCUUAUCUAUCAAUCAAUUAUCUCAGGAGAAUAUUCUGCUCAUAAAGGAAAUACUGAUAGUAAGUCCGCCUGUCAGUUCGUGUACGCCCUCUUUAAGGAGGUCGAGGCUCUCACUGACGACAGGGAAGAGUUCGAACUGACCGAUCUCAUCCUCAAUGUCAAUAGGUCACUAGAGGACUUCAUUGAAGAAGAGUAUAAUAAAUCUAACGACGGAAACAAAUCCUGGAAUAUCGGACCUCCUGAGGUCCCAGUGUGUAUAGAUCAGUUGACCAAGAAACUGGUGCUAAAGACACGAGUCCUCUCUGUUCUUCUGGAACACCUGCCAAGGCAGCCCAAAGUAAACAGCGUUGUUGUUGACUUUGAGGCAGGCCUUUGGCAAGCCAUUCGGGAGACCUUGCCAGACCUUGACAUCCAUGGUUGUGUCUUCCACUGGACACAGGCUGAGCUGAUGGUGUACUUGGAGGAGACCUGGAUCAACAAUCCCCUGUGGCCCACCCACUCAUGGUCAGUCUUCAGGCAGUCCAUACGCACCAACAAUGACGUUGAGGGUUGGCAUCGGCGCCUCAACGACCAAUCUCCAAAUGGACAGCUGCCGUUCUAUGUUCUGGUGCCACUUCUUCACCAAGAGGCUAACCUGCUACCCCUCCAGAGGAAAUUGGUGUCCGAAGGAAAGCUGUGCCGUAGGCAGAGGAAGACAGGGCAACAGCAGCGAAUCUUCCACCUCUGGGACCUGUACGAGGCCAGGGAAAUUCGCUCCCUGCGGUUCCUAACCAAGUGUGGCCUUCACGUGUGUGGAAAUGCAUGCUUUCUUUUCCCCGUCCGUUUUGUUACAGUUGGUUAUAUUGAUAGAAUCAAACCAAAUACGAAGUCAGAACUAGGAGAGAACAUAGACAAUAUAGGAAGUACUGACGGUAAGUCGGCCUGUCAGUUUGUGUACGCCCUCUAUAAGGAGGUCACAGCUCUCACUGACCACAGGGAAGAGUUUGAACUGACCGAUCUUAUCCUCAAUGUCAAUAAGUCACUGGAGGACUUCAUUAGGGAGGGGCAUUUCAAAUCUGAGGAGAGAAACAAACCCUGGAAUAUCGAACCUCCCGAGGUCCCGGUGUGUAUAGAUCAGCUGACCAAGAAACUGGUGCUAAAGACACAAUAAAAUAGAACCAUGAAUAUCAAACCACCAGAGGUGCCUGUGUAUAUAGAUCAGCUGACCAAGAAGUAUGCAUUUGAGGCAUAAUGAACAAAUUUAAGACUUAUUUGCAGAGAUCUAUUGCUGUAGAUUACAUGUAAUAUGUUAUUUCUGUUAAUAAUAUAUAUUUAUAUUUUUUUCUAAUAUUUGGAAACCUAUUUGAGAUAAUUAUAUAGGAUCUCCCAUUAUUUGUAGUUGGAUAUGUUUUUUAUCCAAUGUGUUGUUUGUGUUUUCUUUAUCCCUGAGCCUUGGCAAGGAGAUAAAAAACACACAAGUUGUUUUUAAUACUUCACAACCAAUGUUUUACACUGUUUUUAUGUAGGACUUUAUUUUACUUCAUUAAGCUCAUGCAAAACCAUUUAUCCAACGAGUUAUGUGGGUUUUCUUCAUCCCAGAGCCACAACAAAUUGGAUAAAAAUAAUAUCCAACUUCAAGUCAUGUGAAGUUCUCAUUAUCUCAUGUUCAAUACUUCACAACUGAUGUUUUACACAGUUUUUCCAUAGGACUCCAUUUUAUUUUACUUUAUUAUGCUAACGCAUAACCAUUGUGAUGUUUGAGGGAUAUAAAAAAAUAUCAAAUGAGGCAAAUCCAAAAGAUAAAGGGGUAAACAUGGAUUAAAUUAUAAAUGUGUUUGACAGAAGGAUAAUACUAGAGAGUCUUUCUCAUUACAUGUAACAUGUACUAUAAAAAUUUCCAAAAACAAAAUUAAUAUUAUCUUGAUAUUUUUACAUAGUGUAUCCAAUGUGCCUUAAUUAUCCAUUCAUGCGAGAUUUUCAUUCUUUACUGGAAAAAAAAUA